AGAUUAUCGACGCUCCUUCCUUUCCCUCUUGUCUCUCUCGGUCGCUACCUAGGGUUUUUAUUGAAAGCUUGAAUCGAUCGACUGAGGUAACCAAAGGUCAAGCGAACCGGGAAAGGGUUUUCAGUGAAAUCUACUGUUACUCUUUGAAAUCGGAUCCAAUCCUACCUUCGCCCCAUCCUUCUUGUCUCAAUCAGUUGCUACCUAGGGUUUUUCGUGAAAGCUUGAAUUGAUCGACUAGGGUAACUAAAGGGUAAGCGAACCGGGAAAGGGAAGCAAUAAAUCCAACACUCACUCUCAAAUCGAUUCUACUGGACAAGGUUUCAAUUUGGGGCUCUCUACAUUCUUAUCGAUUCUACUUUCAUUCAAGCUUACAUCGGUUUUUUUGGUAUACAGUAACCGAAGCUUACAUUCUCAUCGAUUUCACUUUCUCUCUCUGAACAAAAAUAUCUCAUAUUCUCUAAAAGCCCUAAACCAGCCACCGCCGGCUAUCACCUCCACCAUCGUUCACGUCGUCCUACUUCCCAGAUGGUCUGUGUGUGUGCGACAAGACUGAACAGAAAAUGGGAAAGAAAAGAAAAAAACGAGCAGAAAGAGAGAGAAGAGAGUUUAAGGCCGAGGGGAGGAUGCAUCAGAGCUGUGUUCUAGAUGGUAUGGGUUCGCCCUGAUAUGGUUUAGAGAAGUAGGAAUUUUCGUGUUGUUUUCCACCAUCUGUGCUGGACCAGACUAGUUUUCACUUGACCAAGCUUUGAAUUGGAAAAAAAGAGUUGUGGUCAAACUUGGUUGUUGGUUCCAUUGAAAAGAUUAAGUCGGAGGUUGUCCUAAAAGUUGAAGGUAUUGUUGUUGAACUUAUGGAAGGGGGGGCUAAUGGCGAAAAAGCAGCAGGAGCUGAGAAGAUGCUUCCUGUUAUUCUGGAUUCUGUCCAUUUUAAAGGUGGAACAUUACUGUUGCUUGCAUAUAAUGACAAUGAGCCCAGGUGUUGCAAAGGUUAUCCUGAAGAAUGAGAAAACACAACUGUUUCGUGAUGGAAGCCCAAUGGUUGACAACGGUGCAUUUGAUAGAAUUAUUGGUAGACCACCCCCAAAAACAGGUGACGUUGUGCUGGUGGCUGACGGGACACAAAAGCCAAUCGGUUGGGGCUUGUACAACUCGUGCUCUAUGUUUUGAUCGAAAAUGGGAAGGUGGGCUUCUCCAUAAGUUAUAGUUUGUGGAACUUUUGUUGCCCUGAUGAAAUUUACAUUGUAUCCUAUGGGUGUGGGGUAUUUAUCAAUAUCAGCAGUUUGUACAGUGUUGAGCUUUAUAGGCCUCCAAUAUUGGACAGAAGUUUCUUAUGUGAAACUAAAGUCGGAUGGUUUGAUGGGUGAAAACCUUCUCCACCCUGGUGUUGCCAACCGUGUAUUGGAACUGUUGUUGAGUUCUUAUACCACAGUUGCAUUGGUGGUCAAUUUUGUCCUCAACAUUUUUAUACUCAUCAUCCUCUCUCUUAAGACAAUAUUUUUUGAUGAGCUGCAUGCAACUGAAUCUUGGAAAAUGGUGGAGAGACUAGUUAAUUAUGUUAUCUACAAGGGAACAUUUCUUCCAUUGGUAGUACCACCAACAUUAGUUAGAGCAGGAUUGUGGUCAACAUGGUUGACUGUAUUAUGCUCUUUGAAGAUGUUUCAAGCUCUAGCCCGGGAUCGGCUUGAACGGUUGAAUGCAUCUCCUUCUGCAACUCCAUGGACUUACUUCCGUGUAUAUUGUGUUUAUUGCUGGUUGUCAUUGUCGAUGCAGUCUGGAUAAGGACAUGUCUACUGAUCUACCAAACAAUACCAUCAUCUAUGUUUUUGUUAUUAUUCUUUGAGCCUCUAAGUAUUGCUUUCAAAACACUACAGGCGAUUUUGGUUCAUGGGUUUCAACUGGUUGAUAUAGGGGUUCACCACUCAGCAGGCAACACCACAAAUUCCAAAAUAUCAAAGAUUUUAGAUAUGUCCGCAGCAGGUUCAUUGUGGGAGUGGAAGAGUGUUAUAUUAAGGAAUGUAGGGUUUUUCCUAGAUAUUAUGACUUUGUUAAUGGCUCUGGGUCAUUAUGUACAAAUAUGGCGCCUUCAUGGCAUGACAUUCCAUCUUGUCGAUGCAAUGCUUUUCUUAAAUAUACGUGCGUUGGUAAGUGCAGUUGCAAAGCGUACGAGAGGUUUUAUUAAGUUAAGAAUCGCUUUGGGAACCCUUCAUGGGGCUCUCCCUGAUGCAACAUCUGAAGAGAUACAAGCUUAUGAUGAUGAAUGUGCCAUUUGCCGGGAACCAAUGGCCAAGGCUAAGAAGCUCUCCUGUAACCAUGGUGAUGAAGAAUUGAUACCUCUUGGGUAUCAUUUAGCAAAACUCCCUGUUGAUGUGUUAAUUGGAAAGGGAGUUUUCGCUAACCAGCUUGACAGGAGAUGA